CACCGGCAGAUCGUCACAGUCCAGCCUUGCAGCUCAUACUCUUUACCCCAGUGUGUCAGUCACUCUCUCGGCCGCCUUUCCAGAUUGCACUCAUUGUUCUCCCCCUUGCAUCCACAGAGUUCGUCUGCAGCCUCGUCAGUCCCGAUCGGAUGCUUCUGGAAGUCAGGAUUGCACGUCCAGACCUAAAUGAGUCUGUGUUGCCGGAGCAACCGUAGCAUCGCUGGUAAAAGAGAGCUCCGUUGGUUGGACCCCAAAAGGCCGUCCGGGCGCAACUUCAAUAAACAAAUCCCAGGGGUCUCGGAGAAGUUGCUGAGACGGACCGGGAAAGGUUGGCAAACGCUGACCUGGCUAGAGAGGACGCCAUCAGGCGGACUCCGGAGUAUGCUAACCAUGCUGUAGCUAACGGAGGGGAACCGUUCUGGCUGAAAGCUGGAGAGGACUCUCCUCGCUCACAUCGACUCAGAAGUUCUUGCUCCAUCACUCCAAAGAUGCUUAAGUUGCAUUCCAAGUGGUGACGGGACUCGAGUGGACCGUCAGGCAAGCAGCCCGCUGGGUCGUUUUGGGGAACAAGCACAUUAAGGAGGCAAUUUGAGGUCACACCAUGCGGCCUUGGGCGGGUUCAUGGCGUUGGAUCACCCUGGUGCUACUGGCCUGGGGGACGCUACUCUUCUACAUCGGCGGCCAUUUGGUGAGAGACAGCGACCACCCGGAGCGGUCCAGCCGAGAGCUCUCCAAGAUCCUGGCCAAGUUGGAGCGGCUCAAGCAGCAGAAUGAAGACCUGCGGCGCAUGGCGGAAUCGCUCAGGAUACCCGAGGGCCAGGCAGAGGUUGGCUCCGUGGCUGCGGGCAGACUACGCUCGCUUGAGGACCAGCUGACCCGAGCCAAACUGAAGAUCCACACCUUCCAGAAACUGACAGGAGACGGCCCGGGGCCCACUCAGGAGGAGCUGCGGCGCCGGGUGGACAACGGCGUCAAGGAGUUCUGGUACUUUGUUCGCAGCGAGGUGAAGAAACUGGCCAAUAUUGAAGUCAGCGAAAGGCAGAAAUAUGCGGAAACACUCCUGACCCAUUUGGGAAACCAGCAAAGGUCCAUCAUGACAGACCUGUACUACCUCAGCCAAGCAGAUGGAGUGGGCGAGUGGCGGAUGAAGGAGGCCAAAGACUUGUCGGAUUUGGUCCAGAACAGAAUCACUUACUUGCAGAACCCUCCGGACUGCAGUAAGGCCAGGAAGUUGGUGUGCAACAUCAAUAAAGGCUGCGGUUACGGCUGCCAACUCCAUCAUGUGGUCUACUGCUUCAUGAUUGCGUACGGCACCCAGCGGACGCUCAUCUUGGAGUCCCACAACUGGCGUUACGCCCCGAGCGGUUGGGAGAGCGUCUUCCUCCCCGUCAGUAACAGCUGCACCGAUCGCUCUGGCGCCACCACUGGACACUGGUCGGGGGAGGCCAACGAUAAAGAUGUCCAGGUUGUGGAGUUGCCCAUAGUGGACAGUCUUCACCCUCGCCCCCCCUACCUGCCUCUGGCUAUUCCCGAGGACCUGGCGCCACGCCUGCACCGCCUGCACGGUGACCCCUCCGUGUGGUGGGUGUCCCAGUUUGUCAAGUAUCUGGUGCGGCCCCAAGCUUGGCUGGAGAAGGAGAUCCAGCAGACCACAGCGAAGCUAGGCUUCAAACACCCCAUCAUUGGCGUCCAUGUGAGGAGGACAGACAAAGUUGGCACGGAGGCGGCCUUCCACCCCAUCGAGGAGUACAUGUUGCAUGUGGAGGAGCAGUUCCAGCAUCUGGCCCGGCAUGGCCAAGUGGACAAGAAACGAGUCUACCUCGCCACCGACGACCCCUCGUUGCUGCAGGAAGCCAAAAUCAAGUAUCCCGACUACGAGUUCAUCAGCGACAACUCCAUCUCGUGGUCUGCGGGCCUUCACAACCGUUACACUGAGAACUCUCUGAGAGGAGUCAUCCUGGACAUUCACUUCCUUUCCCAGACUGACUUCUUGGUGUGCACCUUCUCCUCGCAGGUUUGUCGCGUGGCCUACGAGAUCAUGCAGACCCUCCAUCCGGACGCUUCGUCCUACUUCUACUCCCUGGACGAUAUCUACUACUUUGGCGGCCAGAACGCCCACAAUCAGAUCGCCGUGUACCCCCACCAGCCGCGCAAUAGCGAGGACAUCCAGCUUGAGCCCGGCGACGUGAUCGGCAUAGCCGGCAACCACUGGGACGGCUACUCCAAGGGCAUCAACCGCAAACUGGGCCGAACGGGCCUCUACCCGUCCUACAAGGUCAAAGAGAAGAUCGAGACGGUCAAGUACCCGACGUACCCCGAGGCGGACAAACUGUUGGAAUCCCACAAGAAGUGAAAAGGGGGAGAACUUUUUAAAAUACACUUUAAAAGAAAACAAACAUCGGAAGAUGAGAAGGAAAACACUGCGGUUUCCAGGGAAGGAGGCUGCUUUUGUACAGAAGGAAGAGAGAAGCCUGCAAAGCACGCUAGAUGAGACGAAAGGACCUGCACACACACGUGGCAGAACUGCACACAGUGUAUGUUUGUGUGUGUGUGCGCGCGAGUGUGUGUGUGUGCGUGCACUUGUGCUUGUGUCAGGUCACAGAGAACUUGCACCACUACUCCUCAGGCGGAGUCUGUAGAUUUUAAAUAAAGCAAGAAAAACAAAAAAAGAUCAGUCAAACAUAAAAACUGUCUCGGGACUUUACUGUAAAGACUGGACCACCCCGCUCAUCACCCUCCCAGUUUUUAAAACUGGUGUGUUUUAUUUAAUUCUAUUGUGGUUUUUCACUCUUGACUUGCCUUUUUUUUUUUUUUACUGAAUGUACUGUAUUCUUUUUUUUGCCACAUUCCUCCAUCUCGUCCCACGUGCAAUUAAGUUUAAUCUAUCACCCUGUGCUUUUAAUUAUUAUUAUUAUUUUUUUUAAAAACGGUCUUAAUUUUUUUAAGCGUGCUGCUUGUGCAUUGUGUACUGUAUCACGUGUGUGAGUGUGUGUGUGAGAUAGCGAGAAUGUGUGUGCUGCUUUUAAGGGGCCACGUGAGCAACCUGCCUGGUGCCUGCUUCUUUUUUUUUUCGCCGCCUCUGGACUCAAUUGUGUUUGUGUGCCUGGUGGUGAUGCAGGAUUGGGGGGCGGGGGGACGAGGGGGCUUAAGUGUGUAAUUGUGUUGUGGGGACACUUUGGACAAUGGAAGUUUCCCCCCCCCCCCUUGUGAACAAUGUUCAGAUUAUUAGGAUGGUGCACAUCGACACGCUCGCCAAAUGAAGCACUCCACAACUGUCUUCUGUUCUUAUGGCCAUCCUUUUUUCAAUUUUUUUUUUUUUUUUUUAAACUUUGCUCUGUUAAAAUUAACAAGGGCAAAAUUGUUUUGUUUUUUUCCAAACAAUAAUGCUGUGUCUUCUCAAAAGCCAUCAUUUCAUAACAUAUGCUCCUGGGCAUUGUCUUUGAUGACCACACAUUGAAAUAAACUUGAGAAACCAACGCA